GCUUUAGUUACAUCCGGGUGAAGACUUUAGGUUAUAGCUGUUGGCUGUCGGUGUCCAGGAUGUUCAGGUCGCUUCGGUUGCUGCUGCAGGUGCUAUGGGCCCAGCUGCUCUGUGGGUGGGUAAUGGGCUCCGAGCUAACCUUCGAGCUGCCUGACAACGCCAAACAGUGUUUCUACGAGGACAUCAUCACCGGCACCAAGUGCACGCUGGAGUUUCAGGUUGUAACUGGUGGUCACUAUGACGUAGACUGCCGCCUAGAGGACCCAGACGGCACUACACUUUACAAGGAGAUGAAAAAGCAGUAUGAUAGUUUUACCUUUACAGCUGCCAAGAAUGGCACUUUCAAGUUCUGCUUCAGCAACGAGUUCUCCACUUUCACACACAAGACCGUUUACUUUGAUUUCCAAGUCGGUGAUGAUCCUCCUCUCUUCCCCAAUGAGAACAGAGUCACUGCUCUCACUCAGAUGGAAUCAGCCUGCGUGUCUAUCCAUGAGGCACUGAAGUCUGUCAUAGACUACCAGACGCACUUCCGCCUCCGAGAGGCCCAGGGGCGCAGUCGGGCGGAGGACCUGAACACCCGUGUUGCCUUCUGGUCUAUCGGAGAGGCCAUUAUCCUGCUUGUGGUCAGCAUCAGCCAGGUGGUCCUGCUUAGAAGUUUCUUCUCGGACAAGAAGACCACCAUGACACGAGUUGGAUCGUAACAGCGUUUGGGCUGCAGGACCUGGUUCAUCACUUUUUGUUUAUAUCUGAGCAGGUGUGCAUAGCAUAGAGUGAGUAAGAACAGCAGUGCUGAUGUGAAGGUUUGCUCAUAUCAAACAUUCUGAUAUUUCCUUCUUGAUUAGCACUGUGGUUCUUAAAAACUUUAUGCAAAUAACUCUUGUGGCAAAAAUUGUGUUGAGGGGUUAAGUAAGAUGACAGGAGGGGCUAGAAGAUGUGGUUAUUAAAAACAGGUCAAGCUGGCCUGUGGUUACAACAGACCUUGAGUUAUGUUCUUGUUUUAUUUGUGUUUUUGUAGUGUCCGUCUUUUACCCUUCCCCAUCUGCUGCAUUUUUCAAAGUGCAGUUUGUAGAAAACAAAAUGUACUCAAUCUUGGGAUUUAUGGAUAUUUCUCCAAUCUUCAUCUCUGGAAUCACACUUGACGCAAAGGUCGCUCUCCACAAAGAUUUUAUUUUACCAAAUAAAUCUAUUUGUUAAUAAAUAAAUCUGUUUACUAAAAGAAUAAAUAGAUUCAUUUAUUAUAUUAGGUGAGCUAAAGAAAAUUGUUUUGGUUAUUGUCCGCUUUUCAUUUUAAAUAAGUCAUUUGAGAGGAUGAUGCCAGAUAAAGACCAUCAUUCAUACUAAUUUAACUCUCCUGCACAAAACUUUGAUUUGUACACUCAUCACACUUAAGUAACCAAAUACCUAUGAAAGAAUUAAUUGGUAAAGCAGUUUAAUUUCAAUUAACUACAUGUUCUGUCAGCUAAUUAAUGCCUUGAUUUAUCACCAAGAUUAAAUUAAGGAGUUGUGCUGUUUUAUUUGAAUUGUGCGUUUUGUGUCUGAAGGUGGUAAAGCCAACAAUUUUAACUCCACAAGCUUCUCCAAUUUGUGUUUAGUGGUUUAUCUAGUCCUGCCUUUUUCUGUUUUAAAGUGUAAUGGCAUAUUUAUCCCAUAGCCUUGUGUUCUUUUUAGUUUUAUGCAACACUGUUGUAAAUUUGUUUAAAAAGUUGUUUUUUUCCCCAAACAAAAUACUUUCAUUAUUAUUGGGUUAAAAUUGUAAUUUGAAUCAAUCUUGUGCUGGCUAAUUGGAUUGUUUACAAAAUAAACAGUAAGCACCCAUAUUUCUAGUUUCAUUUUGAUUUUGACUCCAGAGUAAACGUGUUGCACUAGAUUAAAUUGGUUUGGUUUUCUGAGAUUUAUUUAUUUUUUGUUUAUUCACACACACCACUGAGACACAACCUUCCUGUGGAUUAUCAAUGGUUUGUUGCAGAGUCAUAAUGAUAGCAGAUCAGCUGAAAAACCUUACUUUUAUAUUUUAAGGGGUUUAAAUUUGUUGUUGAUUUACCGACAUGCUUUACCAGUGUUUUUUAUUCCUUAUAUUUUCUAUUUGUGUUAAUUGGAUCGAACAGAUAAUUUAAAAAACACCUGAAUGGUUUACUAAAAUAUCUUAGAUAUGCAGUUGCGUUUUGGUUUUUGCAUCUUUUCUAGUCACCUUGUUUUAAUACUGAUGUGUGGUGGAAUGUUGGUAUUUCUCCAAACCUUAUGCACUGGUAGUGAUAGGUCACUAUACCUGUGGUAAUUUUUGGAUGUUAAGUUACCGGGAUGUUUGAAUAAAUUUCUGUUCAAAA